AAUUUAAACAGCUGAGAUAACACCAGAAGUUAAUUUAUCAGUGAUUAUUUUAUUUUAACGCUCAGUCAUGUUAAGAAAAUGAUAAUACAACAAAAUAUAUAAAUCCACGUCGAUUAAUUUUUUAAAUUGCGUUUUAAGCAUGGAUCCGUUUAAUUUAUUAUUAAUUACGGUGACCGUGUUGAUUCUUUAUUUUAGUUUAGAGUUUCUAUUGCGUGAUAGAAUAACUAAAUAUGUGGAUAAAAUUCCUGGACCGAUUAAACUUCCUAUUUUUGGAACAACAUGGCCUUUGUUAUUUUUGCCUAAAUCUGUAAUGUUUAUUGUGUCAAAAGAUGUUUUGAGAAGUUAUGGUCCAAUUAUGAGAUCGUGGUUGGGUAGAGAACCGGCUAUACAUUGUAUAGAACCAGAAAAUGUUGAAAUUAUUUUGAAUAAUUCUAUUCAAAUUACUAAAAGUAAAAUGUAUAAAAUAGUACAUCCUUGGCUUGGAGAUGGUUUGCUGACUAGUGCCGGAGAGAAAUGGCAUAAACAUCGAAAGUUUAUUACACCAACUUUUCACUUUAAAAUCUUGGAAAACUUUGUGGAUAUUUUCGUAGAAAAAAGCCAGAAAUUGGUCGAAAUAUUAAAGGUUAAAGCUGAUGGAGAUAUUUUUAAUAUAUAUCCGUACAUUACAAGAUGUACUUUAGAUAUUAUUUGUGAAACUGCCAUGGGUGUUAAAAUUAACGCUUUAGACAAUCCAGAAAAUGAAUACAUAAAAAGCAUUUACGGAAUCACCAAAUUAACCAUGAAGAGAUUAACUACGCCUUUGUUACACCCUGAUUUUAUAUUUUAUAAAACACCAUUUGGGAAGGAAUAUAAUAAAUAUUUAACAAUACUACAUAAUUUCACAACACAAGUUAUUCAAGAUAGAAAAAAAGCAUUCAAAAACGAUCAUUUACACUCGUUGAAUACAUCAAUAGAUGAAGACAUUGGUAUAAAAAAACGUCAAGCUUUCCUCGAUUUAUUUAUUGAAAUGUCCAAUAAAGAAAAUGCGUUUACCGAUGAAGAAAUAAAAGAGCAAGUUGACACAUUUAUGUUUGAGGGACAUGAUACAACAACUGCAGCAAUAAAUUGGGCGCUCUUUUUAUUGGGAAAUCACCAAGAUAUCCAAGAUAAAGUUUACGAAGAAGUCAAUCAAGUGUUUCAAAAUUAUGAAAACUUAACUAUAAAUAGUUUGAACGAUUUAAAACUUUUGGAAAGAUGUUGUAAAGAGGCUUUAAGAUUAUAUCCUAGCGUUCCAGCGAUAGGAAGAGAAUUAACUAGGGAUAUUGUAUUAGGGGGAUAUUUAGUACCAGCUGAUUGCACGGUUGCGGUUGAAAUUCUAUCACUUCAUAGAAAUCCUAAAGUAUACUCAAAUCCUGAUAAUUUCGAUCCGGAUCGUUUUUUACCAGAAAAUACUAAAAAUAGACAUCCUUAUGCUUACGUUCCGUUUAGUGCUGGACCAAGAAAUUGCAUAGGACAAAAAUUUGCAAUUUACGAAGAAAAGAUUAUUUUGGCUUACAUCUUAAAAAAUUACAAAAUAACUUCAACGCAAACUGAGGAAACUAUAAAACCAAUGGUAGAAUUAAUUUUGCGACCAAAAGAUGGGUUAUUCAUUAAAUUAGAACCCAGAGUGUAAAUUGUUCAAGAAAAAUUUAUAUUAAAGCGGUGUCAAAAUUGGAAUUUUUUUUUAGUUUUAGUAAAUAAGCGUUUAAUUCUUCAUAAUGAGACGGAACUUGCUAUUGUUACUGUUAAAUAAAGCUUAUUUAUUUUUGUAUGUUUAUAUUAUGCUAGUGUGUUGUUGUGUAUAGCUGCUUUAGAAAUCGUUGGUUUAGUUUUUAGGUAAAAUAUGCAGUGCUGGAAACAAUUGGAUCUUGAAAGCAAUGUGUUUGACCACACACAUUGCUUUAUGAUUAGGGUGUAAUCAUAUCUGUGGAAUUGCUUGUACGAGCUGAAGAUUUGGGGAUACACUGAAUAAAGGACAACCUCUCAUUCAACAACUGCCUUUUUAAUAUUAUAAGUAAGCUAUCGUGCUGGAUCGUAUCGAAAGCCUACAAGAUAUCCAAAUAAUAACUCUUUGCAUCGAAGGCCUCUGUUGCAGCUACCACAAUUCUGUGAACUUGUUUGAUUGCUCUAUCUCUAAUAGAAUCUAGAAUAUUUGCCAUUAUUUCAAUGUUUGUCAAUUUUGAGAUGAUUCAUUAUAAUAAAUAACAAGCA